GUUAGCUAGCUUGAGCCCGCUUUGUUUUGGUUAUGUUACAGUGCGAUAGGACCGGCGGCCCGACGUAUUUGUGUCCAUUUCAGCUUAAAGCGCCUUGUACUGAACUAUUAGUUCACCUGAAAGCAGUUUUCUAAGAAUAAGCUGCGAGGACUAAUGUUUUAUUUGUAGUUUAUUUUAUUUUAUUGCAUUAAUACCCCCCUUAACAUCAUGCCUUUCCAUCCAGCAGCCCCGCUUUAGAAGCGGCUACGCGGCGCAGGGAAUCAUGGACCUGCGAUGAGAGACUCGGGAGAACCUUCGGGGCUUUUUCCGGGGCGCUUCCAGCCUCCCGGAGGAUAAGAAAGGAUCGCCGUAAAUCCUCCCCUCCCACGACUUCCUCGGGAAGCGCCUGGAGAACCUGCAGGGCUGGGAAGUCAUGGCCCACCUGCAGCAGACCGAUCUGUCAUACGCGUGGGAAAAGUACAUGGACUGUAGACUGCAGGGAGCCGAUCUGCAGAUCAGCCUUCAGAGUCUGGAGAAUUUCCUCUGUCUCUUCCACUACGUGCAGCACCACUCCAAUACCAGCACCAAAGAUGCACUGAAAUUUUGCUCAGACAUGAGUGGGGCCAGUAACACGCUGGCCAGAGAGUUUCUGACUGAUGUACACCAGCUAUGCAGCGCAGUGGCCCAGCGAGCCGAGGCGCGGGAUGAAGACGAGGAGGAGAGUCACAUGGUGGCGCUGGGCGAGUACCUGGUCAGGGGGCGGGGCUUCUUGUUGCUUAGCACCCUGGAUGCCAUCAUUGAUCAGGAGCUGACUUGUCGGGAAGAGCUACUUACGCUGCUGCUGUCCUUACUUCCUCUGGUCUGGAAGAUUCCUGUGCAAGAGGAAAAAGCCCCAGAUUUCAACCUGCCAUCCCUACUUGAAGUAUUCCUUAGCCGGGAGGUGAAGGUUGUCCCGCUCAGGGCCGGCCAGAAGGCUGCGACAGACGAGCAGGGCGCUGGGAAGAGGUCCCGUGUCGGCAGCGGCACCUGGAAGUCGCGGAGAUCACGCAGAACGUCGCAUAGGUACUCUGUGAAAGAUGCUCGCAGGUCCCAGGUCUCCACCUCAGAUUCAGAAGCCAACUCCGAAGACAGAGCCGCUGGGGGCUCGGGUGGAGCGAGGAGCCGAAGACCGCACGGAUCCACCGUCCAGGUGAGCUGCCAGCAUCACCGCGCCGAGGCCUCACAGUUGACAUCCACCACCGGCAACACCUUUACAGACACCAUGAGCGCGCCGUAUCCCCACCCCAGAGGGCCCGGCUCUCAGAUGGUUGACAACGACACCCUGACGGACCCCGCAGCAAUAUCCAUUUUCAACCGCAUGGAGAACUCGCCCUUCGAUCUUUGUCACGUGUUGCUUUCGCUGCUAGAGAAGGUGUGCAAGUUUGACAUGAGCAUCAGUCACAACCCGGGCCUGGCCGUCAGUGUUGUGCCAACCCUCACGGAGAUCCUGACCGAGUUUGGGGACUGCUGCGGUCCAGGGGGAGGAGGGGGGAUGGGGGCGGAGGACCUCGCCGGAGGCUGGACGGAGGAGCCGAUCGCGCUGGUUCAGAGGAUGAUACUACGCACCGUGUUGCACUUGAUGUCUGUGGACAUAAGUCAGAGCGACAGACUUCCCGACAGCCUGAGGCGAAGUUUGACAGACCUGCUGCGAGCAACUCUUAAAAUCCGCAGCUGUCUGGAGAGGCAGAACAACCCUUUUGCCCCGCGACCCAAAAAGACUUUGCAGGAGGUCCAGGAGGAUUUCUCGUUUUCCCGCUAUCGCCACAGGGCUCUACUACUUCCUGAGCUUUUAGAAGGCGUACUGCAGAUCCUCCUGAGUUGCCUCCAGGCUUCAACGCCCAACCCUUUCUUCUUUAGCCAGGCGCUGGAGCUCAUCCAUGAGUUUGUCCAGCACAGUGGCCUUGAGCUGUUUGAGGCCACUGUGCUGCGAUUGGAGGGACUCGGGAGGGCCAGCGCUGACGUGGGCAGAGAGGCUUCGGAGCGCUUACGGGGUCUCGUUGCCGGGGUCUUCAAAAUAAUCAGUGCUAUCAAGAAAGCAAAGUCAGAGCAGCUCCACCAGUCGGUCUGCGCUCGCCGCCGGCACCGUCGCUGCGAGUAUUCCCACUUCCUGCAUCACCACAGAGACCUGUCGGGCUUGCCCGUCUCUGCGUUCAUGCAGGCCACCAGACGCAACCCCUUUGAGGAGGACGGUGACGGCUCGGAGGGAACCGACGGGGAUACGAUGCGUUACCCCGAGAGAUGCUGCUGCCUAGCCGCGUGCGCCCACCAGUGUCUCCGGCUGCUGCAGCGCCUCUCGCCCACCGGGCCGUCCGUGCUGCAGGUGUUAGCCGGGAUUCAAGCUGUUGGUAUCUGCUGCUGUAUGGACCCUCGCUCGGUUGUAGGACCCCUUUUACACGCCUUUCAAGCUCCAGGUCUCCGUAGUUAUCAGUCCCAUGUACUCGGUGUGCUAAGCAGGCUGAUUUUAGACCAGCUUGGAGGCGGUCAGCCAUCAGAGAAAGCUAAGCUGGCCUCUUGUAAUAUCUGUACUCUGGACAGCAGCCAACUCCCUGGUCUGGAAGAGACAUUGCAACAAGGAGACCCUUCAGCUAUCUCCACCAGUCUAUGUUACCGCUCCCAAGGCAUCCUGCCAAGUGGAGGCGGUGCUGAGGACAUGCUGUGGAAGUGGGAUGCUCUGGAGGCCUACCAGGAGCUAGUGUUUGGCGAGGACUGGCAGCUGAGCCAGCAGAUAGCUGGCCAUGUGUGCCACUUAACACUACGGGGCAAUGCUAUAGUGCAAUGGCAGCUCUACACGCACAUCUUCAACCCUGUUCUGCAAAGAGGGGUGGAGUUGGUCCACCAUGCCCAGCAGCUGGGAGUUUCUACCGUCUGCUCUCAGGUCUGCAGCUACCACACACAGUGCCUGCCUGUGGAGGUCCUACUCGUCUACCUGCAAACAUUACCAGCACUCCUCAAGUCAAGAGUGGUUAGAGACCUUUUCAUCAGCUGUAAUGGACUCAACCAGGUGACGGAGCUCGUCUACCUCGACCAGACUCGCUCUCUGGCUUUGAAGGUGUUCGAAACGCUGAUUAUCGGAAUCGGCCAUCCGCACAGCGACGGGCUGCUUCACGAGCUAGAGAGCGCCGACACCAAAGAGCGGGAGGCCAUCCUGGGCCUGGCCGAGGAACUGGGCUCCAGAGGGGUCGGCGAAGGCCCGCAGAGCCUCAGCAAGUUCUACGAAGGCCUUAAGGAGGCGUACCCGCGACACAAGAGCCGUGCCGCGCAGAACCACGGAGCAGGACGCAGCAGGACGGAGACCCACCUGCACGUGAUCAACCUCUUCCUCUGCGUGGCCUUCCUCUGCGUCAGCAAGGAGGCCGACUCUGACCGGGACUCUGCCAACGACUCCGAGGACACCUCGGGUUACGACAGCACGGCGAGCGAGCCUCUGGGAGGACGCCUGCCUUAUCUGUCCCCGGACAGCGUGGCUCUGCCCUCCAAAGAGCAGCUACGGCGUGCCGCGGACGUCUGGUCGGUGUGCCGCUUCAUCUACAUGGCCAGCCCCCUCUUCCAGCGGCAGUUCUUCCGGCUCGGCGGGCUGGACGUGUGCUUGCGCCUCAUGGUCAUGGUAAUCCAGAAGCUCUCUUGUAAGACCAAGGACGGGAAGGCGAAGAAGAAGAGAGAGGGCAAAGGGAAAGGCAGCCCCGAGUCCGCGGUUCCGGCGGCUUCCCUGGGAGCUGAAGAGCCGUCGUGUGAAUCAGGAGAUCUCCACAGUCUGGGUCCGACUGAGGGGAAGGCCAAAGACCCGGGGAAGAGGCUGGAGGAGCAGUGGCAGCUUCAAAGUAUUCGCCUUCUUGAGGCCUUGUUGGCUAUUUGUCUGCACAGCGCUAACUCGGCCAUGCAGAGGAUAGAACCGGAGCUUUCUUAUCAGCUUCAGUCUGUGGAGGAGACCCUGUUCGAGGUGAGGGACCAGCUGUCGCGCUCCGGGGUGGUGAACUCUGACCUGGCUGUGCCGCUGUUUGACUCUCUGCUGCGUGUGGCGUUGGCUCAGGUGUCUUCGUGCACCAGCGCGCCCGAGGAGAAACCAGAGAGGAAGCUCCAGGUGUUUGCCGAGGGGGCGGCUCCAGCAGGAGAUCUGUCUGAGGAGGUGGAUGAGGCGCAGAGCUGCAGCGUCAGGCUCCCGGGGGAGGAGGAGGGCUACGACGCUGAUAGCGAGAGCAACCCGGACACCAUGAAGCAGCAGGAAGAGGGAGGGAAGGUGGAGCCUGCGGGGUUACGCGGGUUUGCGGCAGCGGCGGAGGAAGGGCCGGAUCGUGGCGUGCUGCUCUUCCCCGAGAUCUGCACGAUGGAGCUGCAGCUUCUUGCCUCGGGCUCCCCGGACCUGGAGGUCCUCGGUCAUGUGUUUCACAGCCUGCUGGGUGCCGUGCACGCCAACCGUCGCAACGCCGCCUUGCUCUAUGACCAGGGAGGAGUCAAAACCAUCCUUUGCAGCUUUCACAACAUCCUCAGUCAAACCGACCUCUCCUUUAGAGAUUGCCAGACGGUGCUGGUGGAGCUGCUGGUUGCCAUGUUGAGCCAGCGCAUCACGGCGGAGGAGCUGGCCCUGUUGAUCCGCCUCUUCCUGGAGAAGACCCCGCCUACAGCUAUAUUACUGAGGGGUAUCCUGCAAAUUGUCGAAGCCAACAUGAACAUGGAGCCUCUUCACUUCCUGACCUUUCCCAUCCUCCACGGGGCCUCGACGCCUGGAGGCUCGUCCCCGGGCUCCAGGCAGACUUCUGCUGCCGGAGGCAAAAGCGUCAGCGUGCUCUGGAAGGGGAAACUUUCUCCCGGCCGCAGGGAGGGGGAACCAGAGCACCGCCGACCGAGCCACCUCUGGUCGUCACCCUGGCACACGGCCCCCCUUCACCUGCCUCUGGUAGGGCAGAACUGCUGGCCCCACAUGGCCCCCGGCUUCAGCGCCUCCAUGUGGCUGCGGUUGACCGAGCUGGAGGAGAAAAGCGAGGACAAGGACGAAAGCGUCGGCCCUGCGGCGGAGUCCCAUCGCGCCUCGACUCCGCCUGCAACAAAAGCAGCGGAAGAAAGCCUCGUUCAUAUCCUCUCCAUGGGCUCCAAGGCGCUGAUGCUUCAAGUGUGGGCAGACUUCUCUAAAGGCUCUCUCACCUUCAGGAUUUGCAUCGACCCAAACGACGAGAUAAAAGCGGGGCUGCUGGCGCAGGCGGAGUCAGGCGAGGGGUUGUUCAGACGAGGGCGGUGGCAGCACCUCGGCCUCACGUACAGCCAGCAGCCCGAGGGCAAGAAGAACGUCCACGGCCGUGUCGUCGUGUGGGUGUGUGGUAUCAGGAAAUCUGAGGUUUCUCUGGACUACGCUCUGCCUCGCAAGUCCAGCUUAUCAUCUGACAGUAACAAAACCUUCUGCAUGUUGGGCCAUUGCGCUGUCUCCUCCGAGGAGCUGGUAAAGCAGGCCGAGCGCUGGAGCAUGGGCACCGUGCUUCUCUUCAAUGGGUCGCGAAUAGCAUCUGAGGAGGCCUUCUUCCUGUACUCCAGCGGACCAGACCUCACGUCAAUCAUGCCCUGCAAGUACGGCAAGUCAAGUGGCUCAAUCUCCAAGUUCGUCUCUCAGGACGGCCUCGAGUGCGAGGACGUCUGUGAGAUUCUGAUGAAGAACAAAGACAUCGACAGGACAGCGCUGGUUGAGAGCUUGGCAAUAGUGUACGCCCCCAGCAGUCCACGAGUCUACACAAUAUACGAGCCUGUGAUCAGACUGAAAGGCCAGGCCAGGACGGUGGUCACCCAGCGGCCCUUCAGCUCCAAGGAGGCGCAGAGCAUUUCCCUGGACGCAAACGCCUUUAGAUCCCUGCUUCCCGCCGAAACCCACGGCCUGCAGAGUGUCCUGCACAAGAUCGGGGGGACGGGCAACUUUGUCUUCCUCUUUGCACAGACGGUGGAGCUGAGCGACUGCGAGAAGACCCAGGCUCUGGCCCUGCAGGUGCUGCUGUCUCUCUGCAAGCACAACCAGCACCGCAUCCACGAGAUGGACUGCUACCACGGUUACUCCAUGAUCCACCAGGUCCUCAUCAAGUCCAAAUGCGUCGUAGGGUAUCACAUGCUGAAAACUCUGCUGGACGGCUGUUGCAGUGGAUCGGUCCUCGUCCUGGGGGACGACGGUCAGUUUCGAUUGGACACCGAGUCUGUCGCUGUGGUUCAGGAUAUCCGGCUGCUCUCAGACAUUCUGCUGGACUGGAAGAUAUGGGCCAAGGCUGAGUGUGGUGUGUGGGAAACGCUGCUCGCCGCUCUAGAGAUCCUCAUCAGGAUGCACCACCCGCAUCAGGUCUACAACAUCCGCCAGUUCCUGAACGCCGAAGUCGUGCAUCGCUUCCUGCUCACCUGCCAGGUGUUACAGGAGCACCGGGACGACCAUCUAAAAGCCAUCCCUCAGGAAGUGUGUCUGUCCUUCAUCAAAAUUAUCCAGGAAGUGCUGGGCUCUCCUCCGGACAUGGAUCUGCUGAAGCUCAUCUGUAACUUCCUGCUGGCCGUGCACCCGCCCACCAACACCUACGUCUGCCACACUCCGUCCAGCUUCUACUUCUCGCUGCACAUAGAUGGGAAGCUGUACCAGGAGAAGGUGCAGUCCAUUAUGUACUUGAGACGCUCCAACAGCGGAGGAAGGUCUGCCAGCAGCUCGGUCAUGUCCCUCUCCCCGACUGUUUUCGCUGACGGUCUCCAUGAAGGCCAUCUUCACGCUCCUUCGCCUGAACACGGAGGGGACGAUCAGUCCCUACGGCCCCCCAGCUUGGCUCCGUCUCCGUACUCCUCGCCUCUGGUGACGCCUCGGCUCGGCCACGGCAGCUCGAGCGAGGCGGCCGAAGGCGACGGCGCCUCCCUCGCCUCCCGGCACGCUCUCGGCAGCACGGAGACCCUCAGGAAGGUCGGCGGGGACGAGCAGCUCCUGAGCAGCUGCGAAUCAGCCAAGACGAUCUGCGACUCCAAGGAGGAGGCCGCCUCGCCGCGCACCCCGUCCAUCAGCGUGGAGGAGGAGCGGGACGAGUCGGCAGAGGUGGACAGCCUGGCCGAGGGCAGCGUGGGGGUGGUGGAGUGCGAGGACUGGGCCGGCGAGGAGGCGCCGCGUCGCCCCGACAGCCUGAAGGGGAUCCAGUCCUUCCAGAGGAGCCACAGCAACCUGACCAGCCUGGGCCUGGCCUUCCCCUUCCCUAACGGCUCCUUGGCGGCGUCCCGCUGGCCCAGUGCGGCGGACCGAGCCUCCAUGCCUGAAGACUGGGAAAACUACACCUACUCACCCGGCUCUGACCGGACACACAGCAAGGCCGAGACCAACGACAGGUCCAGUACUGAGGACUGCUUGGUGCUGGUCUGCUGCGGACUCUAUGAUCUCCUGAGGGGCGUCCUGCUGCUGCUGCCUGACCUCAUGCUCGAGGAGGUGAUGGACAAGCUCAUCCAGCCAGAGGCGCUCAUUGUCCUGGUCAAUCAUCCCUCGCCUCUCGUCCAGCAGGGAGUCAUGAAGCUCCUAGACGCCUAUUUCACCAGAGCUCAGAAAGAACAGAAGGAGAAGUUCUUGAAGAACCACGGCUUCUCUCUGCUGGCCAACCAGCUGUACAUCCACCAGGGGAGCCAGGGGCUUCUGGAAAGCUUCCUGGAGAUGCUGUUUGGCCGGCCCAUGGGUUUGGAGGACGAUCUUGACCUGGAGGAAAUGGAAAAUAUCUCACCUUUCAGAAAGCGCUGCAUCAUCCCAGUGUUGGGCCUCAUUGAAAACUCCCUUUAUGAGAACUCCUUGGUGCACAACAUCCUUUGUAUGCUGCUGCAGCUCGUCAACGCCUGCCCCAAGCUGGCAGACAUCCUGCUAGACCACGGGCUGCUCUACGUGCUCUUCAACACGCUGUCCACCCUCAAUGGCAUGGAGAACGGCAUUCCCCUGAACGAUUACAAGCUCCUGGUGUGUGACAUCCAGCAGAUGUUAGUCGCGGUGACGAUCCACUCCUGCAGCUCCUCGGGCUCCCAGUACUUCCGCAUCAUCGAAGACCUCAUCACCCUGCUGGGUUUCAUGCAAACCAGCAAGAUGAGACGCACCCAGGAAAUGGCUGUGGCCUUACAGUUCAGAGUCCUCCAGUCUGCCAUCGAGUUCAUAAAGACGACGGCCAACCAGGAACCUGCGAAGAUGAGCAGCGCCGUGAAUACGCCGACCUCGCCGCAUCACGCCAUCUAUCAGAAGCGUAGGAGCAUCGCAGGCCGGCGUCGGUUUUCUCUGGCCCAGACGGACUCUCUCCUGAUGCGGAUGCGCUCGGUGGCCAGCGACGAGCUCCACCAGAUGAUGCAGCGCCGGAUGAGCCAGGAAAACCCCAUCCGUGCCAGUGAGACGGAGUUCGUCCAACGGCUGCAGAGGCUCGUGGUUCUCGCCGUCAACAGACUGAUCUACUACGACGUCAGCGAGGACUUGUUCGACCUGCUGAACAUCCCAGACUCCCCCGAACACCACAUUUUCACGCCUGAUCCGGGGGAUCCAGCGCACGAGGAGAGCGGGUCGUCCCCCUACCCGCACUCUCCGACUCCCUUCAUCCUCCCACACGCCAGCAAGAAGAGUUUUCAGAGGGACAUCCUGAAGCUCAUGAUGGACGGGAUCAAAAUCAGCCUGGGCAGCACGGGCCGUGGCGGAGCCCCGAACCAUCAGUGGCGGAGGAUCCUCUGGUCCUGCAGGGACACUUUCCGGGUGCAGAUAGGUCGUCUGCUGGUGCACACGCUCAGCCCAUCGCUUCCGCUGCACGACAGGAAAGAGGCGCUGGAGUUUGUGUCUGAUCAGAAGCACGUCGACAUCCUGAAGGAGAGCCUCAGCCCGGGACUAGAGCACGGCCCAAAACUGUCUCUGUACCUGUACGAGAUGCUGCACGAUCACAACGACGACCUCAGUAAAGAAGAGCAAGGUAACGUGGGUGUCUUCAUGACGUCUCUGAAGCUGUGCGGCCAUCGCUGCAUCCCGCCCAACGCGCCGCACAAGCACGAUCUGCUCAAGGCCAUAAAGGAGGAAAAAUUUAAGUAUGAAGCUGAAGAGAAAACCAGCAAAGCUGGGUGGGAAAAGAAAAUGGCCAACACUCAGAAGAAUCUAAUCCAGAGGCUUGACGGGAAAUCCAAGGAUAUUUCCAAGAUUGCGGCCGAUAUUACCCAAAACGUGUCUCUGCGGCAAGGCAUGGAGAGGAAAAAAGUCAUCCAGCACAUCAGGGGCCUGUACAAGACCGACCUGAGCGCCAGCCGCCACUGGCAGGAGCUGGUGCAGCAGCUCACGCACGAUCGGGCUGUCUGGUACGACCCGACGUCUUACCCAACGUCGUGGCAGCUGGAUCCCACCGAAGGGCCGAACCGCGAGCGGCGACGGCUGCAGAGAUGCUACCUCACCAUACCAAACAAAUACCUGCUCAAAGACAGACGGAAACCUGAGGAAACCGUGAAGCCUCCUCUCUCCUUCCUGUUUGAGGACAAGACUCAUUCUUUCUUCUCCUCUACUGUUAAAGACAAAGUCACCAGCGAGUCCAUCAGGUUCACCAGACGUUGCACCAGCGUCGCCCCCUCCAGGGAGACAGCAGGGGAGCUGCUGCUGGGAAAGUCUGGGAUGUAUUUCGUGGAGGACAACGCCGCCGAUGCUCACGACAGCCAGAUCCUUCAGGGGGAGACGGAGGCGCCCUCUUUCUCCUGGACGUACGAGGAGAUCAAGGAGGUGCACAAGCGAUGGUGGCAGCUGAGAGACAACGCAGUGGAGAUAUUUCUGACUAACGGCAGAACGUUGCUGUUAGCCUUCGACAACACUAAGUUCAGGGAUGACGUCUACCACAACAUCCUGACCUCUGACCUUCCCAACCUGCUGGAGCACGGGAACAUCUCGGCGCUCACUCAGCUGUGGGGCUCCGGUCAGAUCACAAACUUUGAGUACCUCACCCAUCUGAACAAGCACGCCGGACGCUCGUUCAACGACCUCAUGCAGUACCCGGUGUUCCCCUUCAUCCUGAGCGACUACAUCAGCGAAACCAUCGACCUGCAGGACACAAACAUCUACAGGAAUUUAAGCAAACCCAUUGCAGUUCAGUCAAAAGAAAAAGAGGACCGCUACGUUGAUAACUACAGGUACCUGGAGGAAGAGUACAAAAAGGGCAUUCGUGAGGACGACCCCAUGCCUCCCGUCCAGCCUUACCACUACGGCUCGCACUACUCCAACAGCGGCACGGUUCUGCACUUCCUGGUCCGAAUGCCUCCGUUCACCAAGAUGUUCCUGGCCUACCAGGAUCAGAGCUUUGAUAUCCCGGACCGGACGUUUCACUCCAUGAACACCACGUGGCGGCUGUCCUCCUACGAGUCCAUGACCGACGUGAAGGAGCUCAUCCCGGAGUUUUUCUACCUCCCUGAAUUCCUGGUCAACAGGGAAGGCUUCGACUUCGGGGUUCGUCAGAACGGCGAGAGGGUGAACCACGUGAAUUUGCCUCCGUGGGCUCGCAACGACCCGCGCCUUUUCAUCCUGAUCCACCGGCAAGCCCUGGAGUCCGAGCACGUCUCCCAGACGCUGUGCCAGUGGAUCGACCUGGUGUUCGGGCUCAAGCAGAAGGGCAAAGCGGCUGUCCAGGCCAUUAACGUCUUCCACCCGGCUACUUAUUUUGGCAUGGACGUCUCGGCUGUGGAGGACCCGGUGCAGCGGCGGGCCCUGGAGACGAUGAUCAAAACGUACGGCCAGACGCCCAGGCAGCUCUUCAACGCCACUCACACCAGCAGGACCGCCCCUAAGCUCAUGGAGGGGGAGCUCCCGGCAGCCAUGGGGCUCCUGGUGCAGCUCGCCUUCAGAGAAACACGAGAACACGCCAAGGAAAUCGUCUGUCCGAGCCCGCUGCCCUGGAUCAAAGGCCUGAAGUGGGGCGAGUACGUGGGCUCGCCCUCCGCUCCCGACCCGGUGGUGUGCUUCAGCCAGCCGCACGGAGAGCGCUUCGGAUCCCUGCUGGCCCUGCCGACUCGAGCCAUCUGCGGUCUGUCUCGUAACUUCUGCCUCAUGAUGAUCUACAGCAAGGAGCAGGGCGUGCGGAGCAUGCACAGCACAGAUAUCCAGUGGUCGGCCAUCUUGAGCUGGGGCUACGCCGACAACAUCCUAAGGCUGAAGAGCAAGCAGAGCGAGCCGCCCAUCAACUUCAUUCAGUGCUCACAACUUCACCAGGUGACCAGCUGCGCCUGGGUGCCCGAUGGCUGCCAGCUAUUUACGGGCAGCAAGUGUGGAGUCAUCACCGCCUACAGCAACCGUUUCACCAGCACCACACCAUCGGAGAUGGAGGUGGAGUCUCAGGUUCACCUGUACGGACACACGGGCGAAGUCACCAGCCUGUUUGUCUGCAAGCCCUACAGCAUCCUGAUUAGCGUCAGUGACGACGGCACCUGCAUCCUCUGGGACCUCAACAGACUCUGCUACGUGCAGAGCCUGACGGGUCACAAAAGCCCGGUGACGGCCGUCUCUGCGAGCGAGACCACAGGCGACAUCGCCACCGUCUGUAACUCUGAGGGCGGCGGCAGCGACCUCCGUCUGUGGACGGUCAACGGAGACCUGAUCGGCCACGUCCACUGCAGGGAGGCCAUUUGCUCCGUGGCGUUCUCCAACCAGCCGGAGGGCGUGUCUGUCAACGUCAUCGCUGGUGGUCUGGAGAACGGCGUCGUCAGGCUGUGGAGCACCUGGGAUCUGAAACCAGUCAGAGAGAUCACCUUCCCGAAGUCGAGCAAACCGAUCAUCAGCCUGACGUACUCGUGCGACGGCCACCACCUCUACACGGCCAACAGCGACGGCACGGUGAUGGCGUGGUGCCGGCGGGACCAGCAGCGCAUGAAGCUGCCCAUGUUCUACUCCUUCCUGAGCAGCUACGCGGCCGGCUGACCGCGCGUCUGACGUUUACUGCUGUCCACUUCUCUGCGAGGGGACCUCCUCUUCCUCCUCCUCCUCCUCCUCCUCCUCCUCCUGCUCCGCUCCGCACUGACAGGGAGGAAAAGGACGUGUCCGCAUGGCCUCCACCUCCCUGAACCCGCUCUGACUUUGAAUGACGCCGCCCCCCCCCCAGCGGAGCAGACUCCACCACACCCAGCAUUAAGCAGUGAAGAUGAAAAGAGUGUUAUGUGUAUAUAGAUAUAUAUUUAUAAAGCUAAAUAUUGGAGGUGCGGAUGAAUUUUGGGCUGCAACAGACACUUUUUUUCUUUUUCUUCCUGAGCUUAACAUUCGUCUUAAACUCUUUGAUUCCUCCUGUUUUCCUCUUCUUCUUUUAUUUUUCUCCCCUCCUCUGACCCAGUCGUAACCGUUCCCCGGUAAGCUGCUAUUGUCCGGGCAAAGCCGGAGCCACACAGUGUGAAGAAGAGCCCCCCCGUCUCUCACCUCGGCGGCGCCCGGGUCUCCCACGGCGCCCGCAGCUGACAGAUUGGUGCAGGAGCUGAGCGAGCGGCGCGUGUCGUGCUGACGCGGCGGUUCCUCUCUUUGUGCCUGUCGCCGGGAGGCUUCAUCAUGCGGGGGGAGGGAGGGGGGGCCGCCGGCCCGGCUCUGGUCUGAACAGCGGUGUCACGGCCCCGCCUCGCCCCGCGUCCCAGCUAUGAAGGGGGGGAACUGCAGGGGAGGUGGGCCGGGAUGAAUUGCACCUCGUGCCGCCUGUUGUUCCGUCCUCCUCCUGCAUGCCAGGAUGACGCUGACCUUAACGUUGUGAAUGUGGACGUGACAUUUGCAGUCACCAGCUCGUCGUCUUAACGCCUGCCUGGGCUGCACAUGUCCUCUUGCAUUUAGCAGGGCUUAUAUUUAUGUAUUUAUUUAAAACUGUGGCUCGUGUGUCCCUACUCGUCAUGGUUUUUUUUUUUGUUUGUUUUUUUUUUGUGUGUUUUCGCGCUGCAUUUAACCGCUAUAUAAAAAAAUAAUAAUAAAUCCCACUUUAAGUCCUUUUUAAGAGUGCUCUGAAGCUCGGAGACGCAGCAUUAAGGGCCUGUGGCUGGAGAAGAAGCAGAAUAUGGUUUACAGACACAUGGUGGGGGGGGGGGGCUGGCCUGGCAGUGGAACGCAUGCUAUGAUGACCGGGGGGGGGGGGGGGGAAUACCGUGGUUUUAUGAUUUUUACAGCGAAAUAAAACAAAAAUUAAUAACAAGAUUUAUUUGAAUUUUAUUUAAAACAGAAAUGCUACAAUUAUUUCUUCUGCUGCUAAAACUGAUAUAGGUUCAAAAUGAGUAGAGAUGCAUAAAUCGAUCAACCAGAUGUUAAAAUCAGAUGUUUAUUUAUUUAUUGUUUCGCUUUAUGCAUUAAAUGCAUCAAAACUAAGAGAUCCAACCACCUUUAGUCUAGAAAACCUUCAACUAUUUGGUAGCUAAACAAGAAUCACACAAACUGAUGAAUAACGUUGUUGACUUAAUCACCUCUAACAAAAAACAAAUUUUUUUUUUUUAUAUUUUAUGAUCGUUAAAGUUUGAAUUGAUGAUUUUUUUUUAUGAGUAAAGUCAGAUCCUAAUGAAAACAGGAGAUUAGUAUUGGCCAUGAAAGGCCUGUGAAGCGCAUCUCUAAUUCUGACAUUUCACUGUUAUAACAUUUAUUAUUUUGAUACAGACUUGAGGAAAAAAAGCAGAAUAAACCACCCGAUAAGUUCAGCAGUAAUUUUGCAGCUGAUCGUGGCGUAGAAUAUUGUACCUUUUAGCUGUUCUGCUCUUUGUCGAGCAACACGGCCGUCCAGAAAGCCGUUACCUCCUCAGUUAGUCGGGCUAUCAGCUCAGGUGUAAUCUGCAGUCAGCCGCCUAACGGAUCCGUUACCGUAGUUUUAAAAGCAGAAUAAUAAGAGCGGCGGCAGAUUUGACGGCCGCAUUUCUCUCUCUUGCAAGCGAGAGAAACGUAUAGCUUUAUUCUUUCAGUCAGCUGACCUGCAGUGUGCAGCAACAGGCAGGGGAGGGGCUCUGUGGCACUUUUCUCUGACAUCUCAUUCAAACGCCUUUAAACCACUGGAACGCUGCGAAGGAAAGUUACUGCAUUAACGUUUUUGAUUAGCCCGUGCCUCGUUAGGAGCUUUUGAGUAAUAUUAAAAGGUUUUGACAGGUGGGAGUUUUAGACCAGUGGUGAUGGGUAAGCGUCUCAGACCCGUAUACACUACACCCAUCCAUGCAGGGAAGAGGAGACCAGCCUUUGAACCCUUACACCCGCCCGGAGGGUCCACACAUCUUCUCUCUACAUUCCCACCAAGCUGGCUGCACUUACAAGUUUGGCUCUUAUAAAGCCAAAUAUUUGUCAGAAGCACUUUUUUUGUUUACCAGAGCAGCAGAAUAAUCUGCUCAGAAUAAUCUUAAUGUGAGCAGGGGACUGAUUCAGUGUUGAGUGAAAUAAAUACCAGGAAGCAAUAUCUCACACACAAAAAAUGUCUUCUUUUUUUUUUUCUUUUUUUUUUUUAAAAGAUAUUUUGAAAACAGCUCCUGCGUCUGUGUUGCGUUCUGCAUGAAGGAAAAAAAUGUCUCACAGGUUGUCUUAGAGAAAGGGAAGUUUUCUUCGUUUAUCCUCAUUCUUUUGUCCCACUUUACCCGCCUGACUCUUGGGGGAAGGGUCUUGUUACUCUGUGUGUUUACUGUCUCCAAUGCUUUUGUACAAACGGGUAGAUAAUUCCUGUACGACGCCUCCAAACGGACCUCCUCUUUGCAUCCAAGAGUAUUUUUUUUUUCCAGAAGGUUUCUAAUCUGUUUUGUGAGAAAGUGGGGUCUAAAAAGACAACGUUUUAUUUUUCUGUUAACUUAAGCUAUGCAUAAUUUAGGAUCAUUGUCUUACUUUGUGUUUUGUUCUUGUGCAGACUGCUCCCAGAAGUCAUCUUGUUUUUCUUUUUGUUUUAUACAUAUGUGCUUGUUUGAAUUGACAAACCAAGUGGUAAAUAUUAUAAAUAUAUAUAUAUAUAUAAAUAUCUGAAGAAGUAUGACUACA